CAAAUUUAGGCACUGAGGAUAACCGACCCCACAAUGGCUGAGCUACCAAAACAAGCAUCCACAUCUCCAUUUCCACCACCUCGUCAGCAACCGCUUCACCAGAGCGAUGCAGAUGAGGAUGAUGACAACGUUAAGCAACUCAAACAAUGCUCCUCUCUCUACCUAUCCCUACAGGAUUGCCUUGUUAAUUCCAAUAGAAACUGGAAAUCUUGCCAAAAGGAAAUUCAAGCUUUGAAGGCAUGCAAUGAUAGGAUGAAGAAUGACAAGGGGAAGUGAAGAUUCGUCACUCAGAAGCUCCAAAACCGUGACUAACUCUCGGCUCACAAUAAACUCUCCCUUGACUUCAGCAUUCAUAACUCUCUGAUUGGCAAUUUUUGUAAUACAAUGGAUUGCUUCAAACAUUUGAGCUAUUCAAGAAUUUUGGAAUGCUUCUCGUAUUGGGAUUCAAUCCAAAAGAAAUAUAGCAUUUGCUUCUCUUGGUUCA